AUGUUUCGGCGACUUUCAUUCUUCAUCGUUGUGGUAUCUUUGGGCCAUGUUGCGCGCUCAGCUUUGCAGCUGGCCGGCACGACUGCCUUUUUGGGCGGCAACACAUACUGGAUUGAACCACAGGCUGUCGGGAACCUCCCGAAAGACAUCAUUGCCAAGGCUUUCUACAAUCACACGGAAGCCAUGGGAGGUCAUCAUUCCCAAACUGUCGACGAUGGCGAAGACAAAGGCGUAUCCGUCAAACAAGAAGACGGAUGGACUAUUGUCAUUGACCAGCUAAGGAACGAAACGCAAAGGAUUGCAGAAGGACCAUACUUUCUGUCCUUAGAAGGGACUUUUCACAGAGUGUUUCGACUCUAUUCUGACUCCCAAGCGGCGUUUUCCGAGACCAUCUACACCGAUGUUACUGGAAACCACUCAGUCCUCCCCGCCGGUGUCCCGGGCGGAGGUCUCGCAAUUGCAGUUCCAUCACGCCUUUACUACAAAGCAACCCCAGAGAAGCCGCUCGCAGGCGUUCGUCUCGGCGUCAAAGACAUAUACGACAUCGCAGGGAUCAAAACCGGAAAUGGCAACCGGGCCUGGUACAACCUCUAUCCUCCUGCAAACCGGACUGCACCAGCGGUACAAACCCUCAUUGACGCGGGCGCUGUGGUCAUCGGUAAGGUGAAGACAGCUCAAUUCGCCAAUGGCGAGUUUGCGAACGCCGACUGGAUCGAUUACCACUCCCCGUUCAACCCCAGAGGAGACGGGUACCAGGACCCCAACUUCUCCUCUGCCGGCGCUGGAGCAAGCGUCGCCUCAUACGAAUGGCUGGAUAUCGCCCUUGGGUCCGACACGGGCGGAAGUAUCCGGGGCCCCGCCCGUGUCCAGGGUCUCUAUGGGCUGAGGCCCUCCCACGGGGCAGCUUCUCUGGAUCACACCCUACCCCUGGCUCCGGAGUUCGACACCGCGGGGCUUAUCGCGCGGGACCCCGCUCUGCUUCGGGAUGCGUCCGCUCAUCUGUACGGCGUUUCGGUGUAUUCUUCCAGCGACUUCCCCAAAAGCCUGCUCUUAGAGUCUUAUCCCGAUGGGCUGAGUCAUGAGACGACAGCAGCUUUGAAUCGAUUCCUUGAUGGAUUGAGGGACUUCCUUGGAAUCCAGACAAUCACGCAAUUCAACAUCACCAAAUUGUGGCAAGAUUUACGACCGCCCGCGGCUCCCGAAACGCUCAACGGCCUUCUCAACACGACCUACGCGACCCUCAUCAGCCGACGUCAGACCGAACUGGUCCGGGAUCCGUUCUACGUCGACUACGGCCGUCUGCACGACGGGCGGCUCCCGUUCGUGAACCCGGUACCCUUGGCGCGCUGGGCCUAUGGCGAUAGUCUACCAGAAUCCGCAGCUGAAGAUGCCGUUAGGAACAUAACGUUGUUCAAGGACUGGUUCCAAGACGUGGUACUCAAGACCGAUAACAGAACAUGCUCGUCGUCUAUCAUUGCGUACGCCAGCCCGCCAGUUACCCAGUACAGAAAUGUUUACCGGAGCCCUCCGACCAUCCCUUUUGGAUUCGCAACUUCCUAUUUGAGCGUGUUCGCUGGGGUUCCAGAUCUUGUUAUUCCAAUUGGUCAAACCCCCUACAAUUCUUCCAUCACGAAGCAUGUUGAGAACUUGCCAGUCACCGUCAAUCUGAUAGCCGCUGCUGGUUGUGAAAACAUGCUUUUGAGUCUCGUCACUGAGCUAGCAGGGGCUAGCUUGCUGGCCCCCGCGGCAGUCGGAGCAAGCUCAGUAGACGGCGGAGAGAUUCUGCGGAGAUUCUAG